ACUAUCUUAUAGGCCAACAGAAAAAUACAUGUCUGACUUUUUAAAAAGAUGAUCACAUACUAGUAGUCUAAGUAGAUCUCGAGCUCCAUUGGCCCGAGUUAUCGAUAAGAAGCGUCUCCUGGCGGAGGGGCAGGUAGUUCACCCUGCUGUGACGCAAGUCACCUGAACCGUAUCUGAGCAUCGCGGAUCGAAGGACUUGAAUAAUUCAUCGGCCGGGCGCCGCGGGGCCAGCAAUUUUCCCACUCGCCGAGCCAGUCGGACUACCCCUCAGUCCAGGGCGGCCGCCCGUGUAUGUCGGAGACCCAACAUGGCGCUGCUUCUUCACCUCAUCUGCGUGGGUCCGUUCCGCGGCCGGGGAGACCGGGUCGCCAAAGUCACCUUUCGGGGUGUUGCUCACUACACAAAGAUCCUGGAGGGAGUGGAGGAAGAUGCCUAUUUCGAUGAAACAUUUGAAUGGCCGGUUGCCAGCCCCAUCGAGGGCAACGAGUACGUGGAAGUCCAGGUCUACAACUACAGCAAGGUGUUCAGCAACAGCUCCAAAGGGGUGAAGGGAAUCUUUGGAGGGAAGAAGGGCAGUGUGUCCAAACAUGGCCGAUCCUCACGAGGGGUGGACUCCGUGUCACAGUAUGGCUCACGCAUGAGUCUAGGCUCAGAAGAGAUCCACAUCCGAGAUGGGGGCGGUGGAUCUCAAGACAACGUGUCUAUGACGAGUGUCAACCAGAACGUCACCAACAAGAAGUCCAAGCCUACUCCCGUGAUUGAGACCGGAUCACAGAAAGCACAAGACUUCCAGAUAUGUAUCACAAUCAUCGAAGCCCGCCAGCUGGCUGGGCUGAACAUGGACCCAGUGGUGUCUGUACAGAUUGGUGAGGAGAGAAAGUUCACCAGUCAAAAGGAGUCCACCAACUGUCCAUACUACAAUGAGUACUUCGUUUUUGACUUCCACAUGUCUCCAGACAUGUUGUUUGACAAGAUCAUCACCUUGUCCGUGCUACACUCCCGCAACCUGCUGCGCUCUGGCACCAUGGUCGGGUCGUUCAAACUGGAUGUGGGCACCGUCUACGAUGCUCCUGAUCACCAGUUCUACCACAAGUGGGCCCUGCUGACGGACCCGGAGGAUGUGACAGGUGGCCCCAAGGGUUACCUGAAGUGUGACAUCGCCGUGGUCGGGAAGGGGGACUCCAUCAAGACCCCGCCCAAGAGCAGCGAGGAUGAUGAGGACGACAUCGAGGCAGCAGAGAGACAGAGAGCCAAGUUCAUUGUCAAGAUCUUCAGGGCCGACGGCCUUCCGAAGAUGAGCACUGGACUGAUGGCCAACGUGAAGAAGGCUUUUACCAGCGAGACUAGAGACCUCGUGGAUCCGUUUGUACAAGUGGAGUUUGCAGGACAAAGGGAUGGUCGCACUUCCGUUAAGAAAGGCAGUUAUCAACCGGAGUGGAACGAGCAAAUCGUUUUCUGCGAAAUGUUUCCGCCGCUUUGUCGGCGCUUUAAGAUCCAACUGCGUGAUCAUGACAGUGUGAACAACGAAGUGAUUGGGACACAUUUUCUUGAUCUGAACAUGGUAUCUGAUGAUGGUGACAAAGGGUUCUUGCCCACUUUUGGUCCCACCUUCAUCAACCUGUAUGGCAGUACGAGAGACUACUCCCUCAUGGACGAACAUCAGGCACUGAAUGAGGGAGUUGGCGAGGGUGUUGCGUUCCGCGCAAGGCUGCUGAUCCAACUGAAGUGUGAAAUGUGUACAGACGAAACUGAAGGAGUUUCGAACGAAGUGCAAGUGGAGUCCUGCUCUGCCCUUUCUGAUACUGCUGCUGGCCGUAUCGAUGAGUUCUUCCUGUUCGGCUCAUUCUUGGAGGCAACCAUGAUCGACAGGAAGAUCGGCGACAAGCCCAUCACAUUCGAGCUUAGCAUCGGAAACUACGGUAACAACGUUGAUGGCCAAAACGCCAGCACAGCUCCAAAGGGAGGAGAUGGAGGGGACAGUUCAGAGGAGGAGGACGAGGAGGAUGGAAGUUCUGCUAACUCCGUCACUCCAGCCAUCAAACCUGUAACCAAUGACAGAUUCUUAAGUACCCUCCAGUUACGAAGGCUAGAUCGAUACUACUACCACAUGCCGUUCUAUGAGGAGAAACCAUGUGUCUACAUUAAGUCCCGCUGGGAAGACCAUCGGCGCAGACUCUACAACCAGAACAUGCUGGCCAAAGUCAUUGAGAAAGGGGAGGAAGGCAUGAGUGACGUCCAAGAGAUGAUCACCAUGGAGCGGCCACACCCUGAGCGCCGCCUUCGAGGGGUACUGGAAGAACUGUCUGUCGGCUGCAACCGCUUCUGUAGCCUGUUGCAGAAGGCCAGCGGGAAAGACGGGAAUAGUGCUGGUAGGACCAAACUGGACAAAGAACGUGCACGCACGCUCCUGAGAGAAGUCGAAAUCAUUGGAAAGGAAGCCAAGAAGAUGAAGGCCACCGUGCGGGCUUCCACAUACAAGGACAAACUCAAGCAAACCCAGUCGUUUGUCAACAAGCUCAAAGUUCUCAACAUUGAGCCCCAGGACAGCCUGCCCGACAUCUUCAUCUGGAUGCUGAGUAACAACAAGCGCAUCGCCUACACACGCUUCCCAUCCCGGGACAUCCUGUACUCCAUUGUGGCUGAGGAGACGGGUGUCAACUGUGGCAAGGUGCAGACCCUCUUCCUCAAGCUGCCUGGGAAGCGCGGUACCGGCCCCAGCGGGUGGACCAUCCAGGCCAAACUGCAGCUCUACCUCUGGCUGGGCCUGAACAAACACAAGAAGGACUUCCUGGGUGGCCUGCCGAAGGGAUACGAGCAGACUAAGGCUAUUCAAAGUGCUGGCCGCCUGCAGUCUGUCCCUCCUGUCACUCUCAAAUAUGAAGAACGUCAGACCUUCCAGCUGCGGGCCCACAUGUACCAGGCUCGCAGUCUGGUGGCCUCCGAUGCGUCCGGUCUCUCCGAUCCGUUCGCGCGCGUCGUGUUCUCCACCAGGAGCAUGAAGACGGAGGUCAUUUCCGAGACGCUGGCGCCGACUUGGGAUCAGCUACUGGUGUUCGACGACCUCACCUUGUUCGGCAACCCCAAGUCCAUGGCUGAGGAGCCACCAACCAUCGUCAUUGAAAUCUUUGACCAGGACACCGUGGGAAAAUCAGAAUUCAUAGGACGAGCCCUGGCCAAGCCGACCAUCAAAAUGGCCAACGAGCGGUACACCCUGCCCAAGUUCCCCCCCACGCUGGAUUGGUACCCCAUCUUCCGGGGCCAGGAGCAGGCAGGGGAGCUGCUGGCUGCUUUUGAACUGAUACAGAUGCCCAUACAUGAGGAAGAGAUCCUUCAGGCUCUGUACGAACAGUGGGACGACAAAUCAAAGUCUGAGUUCCCGAGGGGAGCCAAGCUGCCCCCAGUGACCCAACCGCUGGAGUCUGACCGUGGCCCCAUUGUCCCUGUACCACGUGGAAUCAGGCCCGUGGUCAGCAAGCACAGAAUAGAGAUCCUGUUCUGGGGUGUGCGUGAGCUGAAGCGCCUCCAGCUGACCAGCGUGGACCGCCCACGUGUGGACAUCGAGUGUGCCGGACAGAUCAUACAGUCCACCGUCAUCGCAAACGCCAAGAAGAACCCCAACUUCAGCAUUCCCGUCAAGUUCUUUGACGUGGACUUGCCUGAAAAUGAACUGUUCAUGCCCCCACUGACCAUUCGCUGUGUGGACUGCCGCACCUUUGGCCGAUUCACCCUUGUGGGCACCCAUGUGGUGAACUCUCUGCACAAGUUCAUGUACAAGCCCUCACCAGAGACACCCGAGGGCAGUAUUGCCAAUGGCACCCUGCCAAUAGACGAUGGCCGUUCUUUCCAUGGCUCCAUCCAUGGCGACACUCGCUCCGUGAGAUCCGUCCGAGCUGACGACGUGGCCGUCAAAAUCGACACCAUGUCGCACGUCUCCCAUUCCUCUCAACACAAGGAAGAAACGGUCAUUAAGAUUGAUCCCGUGAGUACACACAUGAAUGGUGAGGCCAAGACAGAGGUUUACAAAGAUCUCUCCAUGAACGCUAGCCAGCUUGCCCCAGAAUCCUCGGAGGGUGACAACAAGGAGAAGGAAGGGGAAGGAGGAGAAGAAGGAGGGGAGAUGAAGAAGAAGAAGAAGGGAGGCAAGGAGGAGGAGCAGGAAGAAGAGGAGACAGAUGAGAGUACGCUGGACUGGUGGUCCAAGUACUUUGCAUCCCUGGAGACUCUCCGAGAGUGGCAGGAACAACAGGAAGCUAUCGACAAAAAGGAAGAACUAGAGGCAGAGAAGGAGGACAGCCAGACAGACGGCAAAAUCAUCGACAAAGGAAAAUUCCUGUCCACCACAGCUACUAAGACUGUGAAAUACCGUGGUGAGCCUGAAGAGAAGGACAAGAAGAAGAAAAAGAAGGACAAGAAGAAGGACAAGAAGAAGGAUAAAGACAAGGACAAAGAUAAAGAUGACAACAAGGCUGGAGAGGAGGGAAAAUCAAAACUCGCUAAACUGAGCCCAAAGACGUCCCGCAAGAAGGAUAAGAGCUCUGGGGUCACCGAGCUGAAGCGGAACAUCUAUGAGGGUAUAGAGCAAUUGAAGAUCUACCCCUGUCCUCUGGAGGAUGUGGAUGACUUUAAUGGCUUCCACGAAUGGCUGCACACUUUCGAACUGCUUCGCGGGAAAAAGGAAGAGGGUGACGACGACUCCCGUAUUGUCGGCAAGUUUAAGGGUUGCCUGCAAGUGUACAAGCCCAAGGAGGGCGACGAUGGCACCGGCAGUGUUAUUGGUGGGGGCGAGAUGAUCAACCCAACGGGCAUGUUUGCACACAUCCCCAACAAUGACCCUGUCGGGGUACUGGUUCGAGUCUACAUCGUCAAGGCCAUUGAUCUCCACCCUGCCGAUGUUAACGGCAAGGCUGACCCAUACCUCAAGCUUAGUCUGGGCAAGCACCAGGUCAAUGACAAGGAGAACUAUGUGUCGAAACAACUCAACCCUGUCUUUGGCAAGUCGUUUGACUUUGAAGCGACUUUCCCCAUGGAGUCCAUGCUGUGCGUGCAGAUCUUUGACUGGGAUCUGGUUGGAAUUGAUGAUCUGAUUGGGGAGACCAAGAUUGACCUGGAGAACCGCUACUACAGCCGCCACCGCGCCACCUGUGGAGUAUCCAGCUUCUAUGCCAUUCAUGGAUACAACGCAUGGCGCGACCCCCAGAAGCCAACUGAAAUCCUGAAGAAACUGUGCAAGGACGGGAAGGUCGACGGGCCCCACUUCAGCCCCGGGAAAGUGCGUGUUGGAGGCCGUGUCUUCGAGGGGGCAAAGGAAGUGGAGGAUGAGAAUGGUGGGAAGAGGCCCUCUGACGAACCAUCUGCACUUGUGGCCUUGAACCAAUGGCACGAGAUCGCCAAGGCGGGCUGCGCGCUGGUCCCAGAACACGUGGAGACCAGACCUCUGUACAACCCUGAAAAGCCGGGCAUAGAGCAGGGCAAGGUGGAGAUGUGGGUGGACAUGUUCCCCAUGGACAUGCCACCGCCCGGCCCUCCCACCGACAUCUCCCCUCGCAAGCCCAAAAGUUAUGAGCUGCGUGUCAUCAUCUGGAACACCGAUGAUGUGAUUGCCGAGGACGAUGACUUCUUCACUGGGGAGAAGAUGUCUGACAUCUACGUCAAGGGCUGGGUGAAGGGCAACACCGAGGACAAACAGGAGACUGACAUUCACUACCGAUCACUGACUGGGGAAGGAAACUUCAACUGGCGUUUCAUCUACCCAUUUGAGUACCUGGCAGCGGAGGAGAAGAUCGUGAUCUCCAGGAAGGAGUCCCUCUUCUCCUGGGACGAGACCGAGUACAAGAUCCCGGCUCGCCUCAACCUGCAGGUGUGGGACGCCGAUCACUUCUCUGCCGACGAUUUCUUGGGAUCCCUUGUGAUGGAUCUGAAUCAUUUCCCACGAGGAGCCAAAACAUCCAAGCAGUGCACCCUGGACAUGCUGAAGACCGACGGCAGUGUGCCGCAGGUCAACCUCUUCAAGCAGAAGCGUGUCAAGGGGUGGUGGCCAUUCGCUGCAAAGGGUGAAGAUGAUGAACUCGAGCUCACUGGCAAAGUAGAAGCUGAACUCAACCUCAUGUCUGCAGAAGAGGCUGAGAAGAGCCCUGCUGGACUGGGCCGAAAUGAACCAGAUCCUCUGGAGAAACCCAAACGUCCUGACUCCUCUUUCAUGUGGUUCUUGAACCCUCUGAAAUCUCUGCGCUACAUCCUAUGGAAGAAUUACAAGUGGACAAUAAUCAAAAUCGUGUGUGUGCUGCUCUUGGCGGCCUUUAUCGGUGUGCUCCUCUACUCCAUGCCCGGCUACAUGGUCAAGAAGAUACUCGGGGCCUAGCAACAUAUUACUGAU